CGGUUAUAGCGGUUGUGCGCGUCCUGCGGUCGGACAAAACGCCGAUGGCUUAGGCGAGCGGAGCUUUUCUUCUUCGACGCUCGCCUCGACACUAUAACGAGCCAUGUCCCGCAUCCCCAAGGCACAGCAGCCCGGACACAGGUUUAAAUGGUCCAACCCGCAAGCAUGCUUCGACUCGCAAAAGAAGCCACCCGCGCUCAGCUUAAAUGUGAUCAAGCUGGCGCGCAAGAGCGGAGAGCUCAACUUGACUGGAGUCGGCCUGGCUGACGUUCCAGACCAGCUUUGGAACAUAAACAACUUGACGGAGGAUGAGAGGCGAGAACUUUCAAUUUCGCUCGACGAGUGCGACGGCGACCGGUGGUGGGACCAAGCCGACUUGACGAAGCUGUAUUUAUCGUCCAACAGCCUGUCCAGGCUCUCACCCGACAUAGAGAAAUUUCACGCUCUCCUCAUUCUUGAGCUGAAUGACAAUGCUCUCACUUCACUGCCAGACACCAUUGGAAACCUCCACCACCUCACAAAGCUGAAUAUUAGCCGCAACAAGCUUCAACGACUGCCUGAUUCCUUCUAUCAGCUGAAGGAGCUGAGGCAGCUGCUUGCACACCAUAAUGAGAUGGCCGAGCUGGGCGACGAUGUUGGCAACCUCUCUCUUCUGGAACUGGUGGACUUGAGUCACAACAAGCUGAGCUCGUUACCAGCCAUGAUAGGAUUCCUGUCUCGGGCAGCUAACGUUAAUCUCUCGCACAACUCACUUACCGAGCUUCCUCCUGAAAUUGGCAGCAUGAACGCCUUGCAGAUCCUUGAUGUGUCGUCCAACCGACUACGAAGCUUGCCAGAAUCCAUCGGUUCGCUCUGCCACUUGGAGCAGCUGUUUGCUCAACAGAAUGAGCUCACAGCGCUGCCACCUUUCACUGCCUGCGCACGCCUGAUGGAGCUUCACGUCGGCAACAACGCCAUAGAGGAAUUCCCCAUUGAGGUGAUAGAGACGCUGCUGAGUCUCAAGACGCUGGACCUGAAGUCCAACAAGCUCUCGGCCCUGUCGCCGGACAUCACCAUGAUCCAAGGCCUGGAGCGGCUCGACUUGUCCAACAACAAUCUCGCAUCCCUACCCUAUGAACUGGGAACCCUGGCACACCUCAAGGGUCUUGGUGUGGAGGGGAAUCCCCUCAGGGCCAUUCGCAGGGAUAUCGUCAAGAGAGGUACAGUGCACCUAUUGAAGUGGCUGCAAGAUCGGCUGGGUGAGUCGCCGGAAGGUGCUGCCCGCAAGCGGCUGUCCGGAGGGGCGUGCCUCAACGAUGGCUCGGACCUGAUCGAGUCCAUCGAGAAGUUUGCCCUCAAGACAACCCAUGCACUGGAACUAAGCAAGCGAUCUCUGCAUGAUGUCCCCGAGGAGAUUUUCAAGAUGGCGGCUGAGUGUGAUGCCAACACGAUCGACCUCAGCAAGAACGCCCUUGAAUCCGUUCCAAAAGGACUUGAAGCCGCCUGUCCCGUGAUGACAGAGCUGAACCUCAGCUUUAACAAGUUGGCUGCACUUCCGGGCUUCUUGUGCCUUGCUACAAAACUUACAUUCCUGGAUUUGAGGAACAACCAGUUAAACGACCUGCCUGGCGAGAUGUCCAUGCUCUCCCAUGUACGGGAGGUCAACCUGUCGUUUAACAGGUUCUCGCGCAUUCCCAAAGUGGUGAUGAGCUGGGAGUCGUUGGAGAUACUAUUUGCGGCUGACAACAAGAUUGAGGAGCUGGACAUGGCGCAGCUGCAGAAGCUGAAGCAGCUUGCCGUGCUCGAUCUCAGAAACAACAAUAUCCGGCAGGUGCCACCUGAACUGGGCAACAUGCGGCAGCUCCGAUCUCUGCAGUUGGAAGGGAAUCCAUUCCGUAAUCCACGGCCAGCCAUACUUUCCAAGGGCACCCCAGCUCUGCUGGAAUUCCUGAGAGACCGCAUCCCUCGAUGAGCUCACAAGCUUUUUUUUUUUUUUUCAGAGAAGUAUUUUAUUUUAUUGAUGUAUUUAUUACUUUGUUGCACCUCACUUUAAGAGUUUCGAUGUGCCGCAUCUCUGUGUAUUGUCACAUUUUUCUUUGGUUGCUCAAAGGAAUAUUUUUUCUUUUCUUGCUACAGUCGGUUGUGAACAUAAUAUGCAAUCGUCUUAGCAAAAAGUUUGUUCAUUAUAACAGAGCGCACAAGUUAGAAAUUCUUGGCUAUGGUGAUAGUGAAAUAAUGGGCGAGGGGGUCAGACGAUACUAGCCUUUUAUUGCUGUGAUUUGUUUUAAGGUAGACUUUUCGGCUAAAAUUUUGGCGCGUAAACUGAAAUGUGUUCGUAUAAAAUACCACUAACUACUGCCAGAAGUGGUUGCACUGGGCAGUUCCUGCAGCACGUUGGAAAUCAUCGGUGCAGCGUGCGAAGAUUUCUAUUGAAAUCUGCUGAUCACCAUGUUGCCAACACUGACGAAAACCGUGCGGUUUACGAGAACUGAAAACUCUGCAAGUUUAAAUAGAUGCAAUAUCGGCAGAAGAGGGCAACUAAAGCUGCAUCGAGAUGAAGAUAAAAAGACAAUGCAGGUAUUCUAUCGUCAGAGAUGCUUCUUGCGUAUGCUGUUAGCUAAUUCAUGUACGACUGUUGCAGCGUUGCUUUUUGGGGCUUGCUUAAGCUCUCAUACAGUGUUUAGCGGAUUCGCGUGACGAGGAGGGGCACUAAGUCGAAAAGGGCAGUUCUGUUUUCAAAUAAUUAAGGCAUCGCCAAAUUUAGUGAAAUAACUAACAUUGCAUUGUAGGUUCGGACUACGGCGAGUUGGUCGAUGGUUUUAUGUUUGGGUACUUAAGGAGAGAUGCUACUUGGAAAAAAAGUUUUUAAUCUGUAGCUUAGGGCAAUUAAGUUUUAUCUAUUUACAUAGUUUUUAUGAUGAUAGUAUGUAAUCAGUUGCAGUUUUUUUCUUGUACCAUGACAAUGUAUAAAAUAUAGCUCUUUUUAGACGCAUUUUUCUUUCAUUAGACUUAUGAUUAUGAGCCGUUAGUGGUCUAUGUUACUCCACAU